ACGAGUGGUUUGGGUCGACUUCUUGGUUUAGAUAAGAACGAGUGCUGAGAAGAAAAUUUGAAUGUUUCUUAAUUAAUUUGUUCACUUAAUCUGGGCUCCUCAGCUCAAUUUUUUUGAGCACCCCCUACUGUCCCUGUAGUGCAGCCAGUGCAUACUGGAGAUUAUGUGUGUGUUUUUUUUCUUCUCUGGAUUGAUUCCACACCUGUCUAUGUCAGUCAAGGGAAAAGCUGGGCUGGCACAGCAAUAACAGAGAUAGGAAGUCAUACAACGGCAGGCCAUGAUGAGAACCGUUCUGUUGACGGCGUCCUUGCUUUGCUUCAUUUUUCAAGAAUGUUGUGGCCGGAACGAAGAGGAGCGCCUCAUCAAUUAUCUUUUUAAGGAGCGUGGCUACAACAAAGAGCUUCGGCCGGUCCAAAAUAAAGAUGAAACUGUAGAUAUUUACCUGGCUCUGACACUUUCUAAUCUCAUUUCCUUGAAAGAAGUUGAUGAAACAUUGCUUACAAAUGUGUGGAUGGAGCAUGGCUGGAAAGAUCAUAGGCUUACCUGGAAUGAAUCAGAGUAUGACAUUCCUGUCCUGCGUCUACCACCAAGUAUGGUGUGGUUACCAGAAAUUGUUCUUGAAAACAACAACGAUGCCCAGUUCCAGGUGGCCUAUUACUGUAAUGUGCUGAUUUAUUCCAGUGGAGAUAUGUACUGGUUGCCUCCAGCUAUAUUUCGGAGCUCCUGCUCUAUAAAUGUCAACUACUUUCCUUUUGAUUGGCAGAACUGCUCACUAAAGUUCAGCUCAUUAACUUACAACGCUAAAGAGAUUAGCUUAAAUCUGAAAAUGGAGCAGGAAAAUACAACGUACUACAAGGUGGAGUGGAUCAUCAUUGAUCCUGAAGGAUUCACAGAAAAUGGUGAGUGGGAAAUCGUCCACAAGCCUGCCAGGAGGAACAUUUAUAAAAGCAUCCCGAAGGAAAGCAACAAGCACCAGGAUAUCACCUUUUACCUCAUCAUUAAGCGUAAACCGCUGUUCUACAUCGUCAACAUAAUCAUUCCCUGUGUGCUCAUCUCUUUCUUGGCCUCGCUAGUCUAUUACCUGCCUGCUGACAGUGGAGAGAAGAUGACAUUGUCCAUCUCUGUGCUUCUGGCUCAGUCUGUGUUUCUGCUGCUGAUUUCACAGCGUCUGCCUGAGACGUCUAUGGCUGUUCCUUUAAUUGUCAAGUAUCUGAUGUUUAUCAUGGUGUUGGUCACUGUGGUGGUGUUGAAUUGCGUCAUUGUGUUGAACCUGCAUUUUCGGACGCCCAGCACACACAUCAUGACAGAAUGGACCAAAGAGUUCUUUUUGGAGCGUCUUCCUCGUCUCCUGCACAUGUCCCUUCCAGCCGAAGACCAACCCAGCCCAGAAUCGGCGCUGCCCCGGCGCUCCAGCUCAUUGGGAUACAUCGCCCAGGCUGAGGAGUAUUACAGUGUUAAAUCCCGCAGCGAGCUGAUGUUCGAGAAGCAGUCGGAGAGGCAUGGUUUGGCCGCUCGUCCCACUCCUAAAGCCACGUACACAUCCAGUAAUGACUCCGAGGUGUCGGAACAGCUGUACAAUGAGAUGAAGCCAGCUGUAGAAGGAGCCAAUUACAUUGUUAAGCACAUGCACGACAAAAAUGACUAUAAUGAGGAAAAGGACAACUGGAGCGGGAUUGCCAGGACUGUGGACAGACUCUGCUUCUACGUGGUCACUCCAGUUAUGAUGAUAGGAACCAUUUGCAUCUUCCUGAUGGCCAAUUACAAUCAGCCACCAGCGUUGCCUUUCCAGGGAGACCCCUUCUCCUAUACUGAAGAAAACAGGCGCUAUUUGUGACAUUUCAUAAUAACACAGAAAUAGCAUAAAGCAUAUUCCGACAGCAAUAUAAAGCAUGAAUAUGAAUUAUCCUCCAUUUGUGCUGUUUAUGCAGGCUUGAUUACUAAUAUUAUGUACGUAUGUUUAAUAAGUGUGCUGUGAGAAGAGGCAAUAAAGUAAUAUUGCCUUC